AUGCUUCUACAGUUGUUAAUAGCACCUCUAGUCAAACUACCAAAUUUAUCAGAUCUGUUGAUUCAGAAAAAGGUAGUACACUCAAACAGCAAAUUUCUAAACCUGACUGCAUGGAGGCUAUCAACAAGCAAUUCAAAGCAGAGGGGUUUUCUAAGAACACUAGAAAACUUCCCAAUACUUCAUGGAGAGCUUGAACUCAAAAGGACUAUAAAUGCAAAUUUAGGAAGUUCAGUAGCUGGUAUGCUGAAACAACACCCUUUUGAGCCGAUGGAGAAAACAAGUUUGAAAUAUGUAACAUAUAAGAUAGCCUUUCUGGUAGCCAUUACAACUUUCCGCAGAUGUGGAGAUCUUCAAUCACUGAAACUUGAUGAAAAUUCAAUGAAUGUACAGAAGAAAGGGGUAACUUUCAUAAGGCAUGGGAUGGUUACGCUGGCUAUUGCACACAGUCGUACAAAAAUACUUGCUAUAAAUCGGACACCUACUAUACAAGCUGCGGGGUGUUUGGUUGGAGCAGAUGUCCAAAGCACAGACCUAGACGAAUGCAACCUUGGCAUAUCAGGAUGUGAGCAUCAGUGCAGAAACACAGUAGGCUCCUACGUAUGUUCGUGUAAGACAGGUUACACAUUGGCUGUUAAUGGAAGACAAUGUGAAGACAUUGACGAGUGCGCUGAAGACACUGCUCUUUGCAAAGGUUACUGUACCAACAACCUAAGGUCUUACACUUGCUAUUGUAGUUCGGGCUUUAUUCUUGAGGGUGAUGACUAUUCUUGUAAAGAUUUAGAUGAGUGUGCUAUCAGGAAUGGGAACUGUGAUCAGCAGUGUAUAAAUGAAGCCGGUUCACACAGAUGUGAGUGUUACAGCGGAUACAGGAUAACAGGAGAAAAUUCAGGCAGUGUGUGCAAAGAAUGCAAACUUCUUCACUUCACCUUGAUGUUAAAUACAAAUUUAAAACGCACUUUCACAUCGUUCAUAUCUUUGUUCACAGACAUUGAUGAAUGCUCUGAAUCAAGUGCCAGAUGCACACAGAUUUGUAACAACACUGAUGGAUCUUAUACCUGCAGUUGCAACUUGGGAUACUAUCUUGAUACAGACGGGUACACUUGUAUGGAUACAAAUGACUGUGAAGGUGUUACAUGCGAGAAUGGUGGUUACUGUGUUGAUAGUUUAAACUCCUACACGUGCAUUUGUGAAGCAGGUUUCAGAGGUCAACAUUGUGAAACAGAUAUCAAUGAGUGUGACUUAGCAAAUGGAGGUUGCCAGGACAUUUGUAUAAAUACAGAGGGUUCGUUUCAAUGCAACUGUUCCGGGGAGCGUGAACUGCAGGAAGAUGGGGUUUCCUGUGCCGGGGGUGAAGCAGAAAAAGACACAGUGUUUAAGCGGCUAGAAAUACCUCGGCAGUUACUUCCAAAACCAUGUUUUACUGUUCAACUUGUCCAUUGCACAGAUGGUAAUGAUAUCAAAAUCUACCUCGCUUCAACCUCAGAGUGGUACCGACUGACUGAUGAUACCGAUGUCAUGUAUACGCUUGGCAUAGUCUUUGUGGAAGUAAAUGAUUUAUCGAUUCCAAUGUCUCUAAAAGGAAUCGAAGUUACUUUAAGAAAUGACGAAUUCGUCUUUAACUAUGGAGUGCAGUACGGGUCGGCGCAGGGAACACUCAUAGAAAAUGAUUUGACACCAGAAGACUGUCGAUCUUUUGAACUAGUGGAGGCUGAUUUCUUUGAUUUUACCAGCAUGGACUCUUUUAUGAAAACGUUUCUUUUAUCGCUGUUUCCGGCACUUCCUGACUGGUUGAGAUUUGAAAAGUCUAGCACUGAAAUAUUGUCUGUACAAAACUUAAGGAGCGAUCUAAUAUAUGGCAGAAAUAUGGAAAGGGUUUCAUGGUGCACAGGGGCGCCCGUACUCCCAGACCAUUUAUACACAGUGUUUAGAUUUGAUACCGGAUUAACACUUAGUGUUAUGGGAAGCGAAGUUGAUAUUCCUAAAUCAUUGAAUUCUCGAAAAUUUUGCCUGAUUGUAGACCUUUGUCACAGCUACGGUGGAACAGUGUUUUUAAUGAUUCCAGAAGAGUCUCGUAAUUUCCUGUUAGAUAUAAAUAUUUUUCAGACACUUAAGGAAGAGCAGAACAUUCACAUCCUUCCUAGAGGAAUCGGUAUUUCAUUAGUAAAUGGAAUAAAUGCUAAUUAUCAUACAUUAUCUCGUCAGCUUUGGAAUGGAGAUUUGAUGUUCAAGCCCUUACUACCGGAAGUAGGUUUCUGGAUUGGCGGCAGCUUCAUCAAAUAUGAUGAAUAUUUCACAAUCGACGGAAAUGCAAAUAUUUAUUUAGCCGUUCCGAGUGUUCAGACGAUGAUGACAUCAAUUUUUCGAGAAGAAUGGACAGGGUUAGUUGAUAUACAGCUGUCCGUGUCACCAGUCCUGAGAUUCAAACUUUUUGGCAAGGACUAUUCAAUUUCCCUACAGCUAGUCACAGCAUCAUUAAAUACUUACAUUUCAAUUGGAGACCCGCUAGAAAAUCCUCUUGAAGAAAUUAAUUUCAACAUAACACAUGAUAUAUUAAAAGUAGACAAGCUGCUCAACAACACUGUAUCCAUUCUUGACGACGCGAUCGACAAUAUUGAACUUGCCCUAUCGGAAGCAAUAAAAGCGAUGGUUGUUGAAAUAAAAGAGAGCAUAGUAGCAAUAAAGAAUAUAAUAACUAUAAAUUUUAACGAUUUACUCUCUGGAAAUUUUGAAGAGAUAAAAGGUCACCUUGAAGAUAUUCGACCAAAGUUUUAUCAGAUGAGGUCUGCUGUUUACAACUUUGCCGAUGAAACUGAAUUUAUUGUCAACGAAGCGAAAGAUAACUUCACAAAUUUACUCGAAAGCCACGUCAAAAUCAUUGAAGAAAAAAUCGUGUAUUCAAAGGGAGAUUUAUUUCGAUGCAGCCGGUUUGAGGAAGUAAAGCAGCUCCUCGAUGGGGAAAAUGCUUUACGUGUUUUAGGUAGGGCAUACCAAGAGAGAGAUCUAGGCAAAUUUCUUACAUAUCAGAAAGGAUUUGGUUUAGGCGGAGCCUUCGCUAUAAACUCUAAAAAUGUUAUUUUACAUUUGCAAGCGUUUGUAAAUAUGCUCGGAAUAAAAGCAACUGGAGACCUCUUCAUUAGCAAAAAUGGAAUAUAUUUCUAUUUAGAAGGUAAUAUCUGGGAUAUCUUUCUCGCUCAAAUAGAAGUUACAGCCGAGAUUGGAAAAGAAUGGUAUCAGCUGACAUUUAACCUUCGUGGUCGUUUUGUUGCAAAGGCGCGAAGAAAACGUCAUUUACAAGAAUAUACUGAAGAUACGGCAAUGCAGUAUAAAAAUACGGAUGUGUUUCGGCAAGCGAGAGAAAGGCGACAGGUUCAGUCCGAUAGCUCUUCCUUUCAAGGCAGUUACUUAGAUGGUUUAAAAAAGGCCAUACGUCUGGUGUCCCAAGAAGCGCAGAAACGAUUGUCCCAAGCUCAAGCAGAAUUAACAUCUGCGCAGAGUGGUUUGACAAAGGCACAGAACUGGCUGGAUGAAAAACAAAUGGCAGUUAGAGAUGCCAAUAUCAUAUUUGACAAUGUAGUUGAAAAGCUUGAAAGAGCAAAAGAAAAACUUGAAGCGGCAAAGGGACCGUUAAAAGAAGCGAUAAAAAAAUUAGAAGACGCACAAAUAUCUGUUGAUAAUCUUUGUAGAAUAAGAACAUGUUCGAAAAUAUGCAUUCCUGGAAUUAAAUGUAAAAUUUGUCAUAUAAAGGUGUGGGGUGUUAAGAUACCAUACCCAUGUUGCAGAUUCACAAGUUGUAUGAUAAGCUUUCCUAAUCCUCUUUGUGUUCUUGCUAAUUUAGCUUGCCGGAUUAUACGAGCGGCCGCUUAUAUAUUGUUAGAAAUCGCAAAAAUAUUUGUUAGAGCAGCAAUGCUGGCUUUUGAUGUUGCUAAAGCAGCAGUAACUGUAACACAAUUUAUAGUAGACAAGUCUCGUGUUGUUUUAGUAGUAGCGGAAGGAAUAUUAGAACUAGCAAAAAUUGGUCUUGAAGUAGCAAAAGGCAUCUUGGAGGCCGCUAAAGGUGCACUGGAAGCAGUAAAAUUAGUAAUAGGUGCCGCAUUUAAGGUACUGGAAUUUGUUAUAGAAUAUGGUUUGAAAAGUAUAAUAGAAGUUCGAAACUGUGAAUUUAAUAUUGAAUUAUCUACUCACGACUUGCCGGCUUUCGAGGUUUCGUGUGAAGUAAAUGCUUUUCGGUUGGGCUGGACAGAAAUUAAAUUGAAAAUAAACUUUAAAAACAUUCUACAGAGUAUAUGGCAGGCAGCGAGGGCAACAAUAAAAGCUAUCAUUGACAUUUUUGAUGGAAUCUUUUCUGGACGAAAACGAAGGGACAUUGAAUUUGAUGGGGCUUCACGUAUGCAUGUGCUGCUCCGGAAGAUACGGGAAUCAGAUGGUUUAAACAAUGCUGAUACUUACUUGAAUGAAACUAUCAAUAUCAUAAACAAUAUAACAGGUUUUCGUGAUACAGGAGACAGUGACUCUGAGAACAGAAUAGAGCUUUUUCGUGAAAAAUGUAUAACAAUUACUGUUAUACAGGACUUCAUGCAGGAUGCCUUUGAUUCCUUGCAAGGUGUCGUAAACGAAUCAAAAUCUUAUAUUGAUGAGAUUGACAAUGUAAAGAUGCAGUUACAAGAAUACACCAGUAUUAAUGUAACGACUGAAACUGUUACUGCAGACAGUGUGGGAAUAAGUACAGAAUAUGCUGCUAACGAUUAUAACAUGACAGAGGAAGACAUAGACAAGGCUAUAAAUGAUUCAAAAGCGGCAGCGGCUGACGAUCCAUUGCUUAAUGAAAUACAGUCAGCAGCAAAUAUUUCUGUACAAAGUGUUGAUGCUGAAACAAAAGCAGUUGAAUCUGUGAAUUAUCAAAGCGCUUGGUUUUCCUCAAUGAAAAAUAUGACGCGAGGAUACUUUAAUGAAUCGGAGUGUGAAAAUUUCCAAGACUGCAUUUUCUACGCAAUUUCAAGCUUGUAUGUCCUCUACGAAUCAGAAGAUCUUCCAAAUAUAACUUUUAUACAGGAAUCUAUUUUAGAAUUGGAAAGCAUAUUGAUAGAAACGUUUCAGAACGAAUCUUCGUCAAUUAUGGAUACCUCAGUAGCUAUGGAGUAUGUUGUACGUCAUAUCAACAAUCUUGUUAGUAUGAAUUUGUUCUGUUCAAAAGCUCCGCAGUUUCUGACACGUCUAAAAAACCUAACUGCACUGAACGGUAGCGAAGUACAAUUUUACUGCCAUGUUACUGGCGAUCCGGAACCAGAUUACACUUGGCUGAAGAAUGAUACAAUUAUUCCCGGAGAAAUUUCAAGCAGGAUCACUAUUACAAACGUUACAGAGAGGGAUACAUUUGACAAGUACAACUGCGUGGCUGAAAACGUGGUUGCCAACGUAACGUCUAAUGAUGGAUACAUUACUGUUGUCUUGGAAGAUGAAGACGAAUGUCUGACUGAGGGUAGUGAUUGUAAACAUUAUUGCAACAACACGAUUGGGUCAUACACAUGUUCUUGCUAUAACGGAUAUAUGCUUGAGGAGGAUGGGAUCUCAUGUUCAGAUUUGAAUGAAUGCAAUGAAGACAAUGGGGGUUGCAAACAAACAUGCAAUAACACAGAAGGAUCAUUCACGUGUUCUUGCAAUACUGGAUACCAACUCGAUGCUGAUAGGAGAACAUGUAAUGAUAUAAACGAAUGCUUGACAAACAAUGGGGGAUGCCAACAUACGUGCAGUAACUUGGCAGGAACAUUAGCGUGUGUUUGCAAUGACGGAUUCGAACUAAAUAUUGAUGAGAAAACAUGCAAUGAUAUAAACGAAUGUCUGACAAACGAUGGAGGAUGCCAACACAAGUGCAUUAAUGAAGAAGGAUCUUUCACGUGUUCUUGUGAUGAUGGAUACGAACUACAUACUGAUAGGACAACAUGCAUUGAUAUAAACGAAUGUUUGACAAACGACGGCGGAUGCCAGCACAAAUGAUUUAAUGAAGAAGGAUCUUUCACGUGCUAUUGUGACGAUGGAUACGAACUACAUACUGAUGAGAGAACGUGCAGUGAUAUAAACGAGUGUCUGUCAAAUAACGGAGGAUGCCAAAAUACGUGCCUUAACGUGGAAGGAUCAUUUACG